GGCCGCCCUGCAGUAAGCGCGGCCAAGCGGCCCUGGGAGGGGAGACGAGAGACGCGGCCUCCUGCAGGGCUCUUCCUAUGGGCAGAGAAUUAUUUUUGUCUCGCUGCUGCGAGGCAACACUUGUCUCCGAAGAGCUGCUUUCCACAGGCUUCAUUUAAACCCACAGUCUACGCCUCACUUCAGCAGGAGGAAAGAGCUGUAAGAGAUUUACAUUUUAAGUGUGGUUUCAAAAUCCCCCAAGUUUAAGUACUGCCAGAUACUAUGACACAAAUCUGCAAAAAUAUGAGAAGAAUUUUCCACUCGACAUAGCUAGGGCGGCAGAUCUGAUGUUUCGCACGUUUCCGACCUUAUGAGGCUUCUGAGCAGGACUGACCGCUUCGCACAGAGGCUGCAUUUUUACUGCGCUCACCAGUGUUAAGAAAGAUUUCUGUGAGAAUCGGAGCAAGGCCACACAGAUUACUGCAGGCCAAGCUAUUGCAAAUUGCUUCACAUCGGUUGUCAACCAAGGGCAAGCCCAACGGAGCAGCAGACGCACAGCGAUUUAUUACAGUAAUGUUUGUGCAUCUGAAGCUUCAGAUGGCAGAGCAGCAUGGAGAUGUGCUGGCGGGAACCUUUCAAUACACCCUUAUAUUGAAUGGCUUUGUAUAAAUCUAAUGCUAUUUACCAAAGAUAGAUGUAAAACUAGUCCAUUUCAUAAAGAAAAGCAUAGCUGAGGUGAACUAUUGAUUGUAGCCACGUAUCAGUGCUUUGGGCAUAUACAACUUUUCCGAUAUAGGGGUUUAAAAAAGGUGCAAGUAACCAGAACUCCAUAAAAUCUACAGUUUACAUCUUAUCCUUCUGCUCAUGGCAGAUAAGCAUUAACAUGUUUAUUUAAAGCAUAGUCUGGAGACAUCCACUACUGAAAGUAACAAGGAAAGAGGGGGGGCAGGAGGGCAGGAGGGAAAGUAAAGGUACUAAGAGCUUGGCACUGAACCUCAUAGUGAGGCUACGAAGAUGCAAAUUGACUCCUGGAGCGUUAGAGCUGGUCUUUUUCUUUUCCCCGACUUUAUUACAGGUCUGAACACAAUACCUCAGGAAAGCACUUUAUUUUAUAAAGUGCUCUUUAUUCAAAAGCAGUUAGGUAUGAUGUACUCAUAAAUGUCACAGUUCUCCAAGAAUUGUUCUGUAACAUUUCUAUGGUGCACUUGCCCUAGCAUGGACCUGGGAAGCAUUGCCAUGGACAGAUGCCCUGCAAGUCCAUGCAGGGCUGGCUGAGGAGACCGACUCCUGGAAACCCAGGGAGGCCACAGGGGCUGCCACAACUUCUGAUAUCACCCGGCUCACAUCUCCUCAUCAGCCCACUCAGCAGCUGAACUUGCAGGAGGAACUUCAGCAUGCAACUCUGCUCUAGGACCUCAGUGUACCCUUCUUCACUGCGCAGACAAAUACGUUUGGAAAUGGAGCUGGAGGAGACUUACAAAGAAGGGGAGAAUAUAGAGGGGAGAAUGACACGAUCAGCAGCAGCUAAGUUGGUGAAAAAAGCUUUUCUUGAAGCCCUGAAAUUAAAUGACUAUGAAAUAGUGGAAGAGCUCUUGAGACAGAAGAAAAUAGACGUGGACACGGUGUUUGAAGUGGAAGACGAAAACUUGAUUCUGGCUUCCUACAAACAAGGAUAUUGGCUGCCUAGCUACAAAUUAAAAAUAUCUUGGGCAACUGGGCUUCACCUCGCUGUCAUGUACGGCCAUCUGGAGUGUCUUUCGGUCCUGCUCAAUCACAAAGCCACCAUCAACUGCCGGCCCAACGGGAAAGCCGCGAUCCACGUGGCGUGCGAAACGGCAAACGUCGAGUGUCUCAAGAUCCUUUGCAACCACGGCGCGAAGCUGAACUGCUUCUCCAUGAGUGGGCAGGCGCCCUUGCACUUCUGCACGACGCGCACCGCCAUGCCGUGCGCCCAGCAGCUGGUUUGGAGAGGAGCAAAUGUGAACAUCAAGACGAACAACCAAGAUCAGGAGACUCCCCUGCACACGGCCGCACGCUUGGGUAUCCCUGAGCUUGUGGCCUUUUAUGCAGAACAAGGAGCACACGUUGAUGCUGUCAACGCCCACAUGGAGACUCCCCUGGCUUGUGCUGUCUAUUGGGCCCUUCACUAUAAGGAUCAGAUAUACAGCCCAGACCACCACCUCAUUUGUCGGAUGCUCCUAGACUAUAAAGCUGAAGUGAACACUCGUGAUGAAGAUUUCAAAUCACCGCUCCACAAAGCUGCCUGGAACUGUGACCACGUGCUGCUACACAUGCUGCUGGAGGCAGGGGCAGAGGCCAACAUCAUGGAUGUCAACGGCUGUGCGCCCUUGCAGUAUAUCUUAAAAGUGACAUCUGUGCGGCCAGCUGCCCAGCCUGACAUUUGCUACCAGUUGCUGCUGAAUCAUGGAGCCGCUAGGAUAUAUCCUCUGCAGUUUCACAAGGUGUUACAGGCCUGCCAUUCCCACCCGAGAGCCGUGGAGAUUGUCAUCAAUUCUUAUGAGCACAUCAAAUCGACAUCCAAGUGGAAGGAGGCCAUACCUGACGACGUCUUCGAGCGAUACCGGGAUUUCUAUGACUCCCUGUUUGCCGUGUGCAGCAAUUCACCGCGGUCGCUCAUGCACCUAUGCAGAUGCGCUAUUCGGGAGACGCUAUCGAAAAGGUGUCACAGGGCCGUCCCCUUGCUCACCAUCCCGCUCGCCAUGAAGAAGUACCUGCUGCUGGAGCCAGAGGGAAUCAUCUACUGAGCCGCAGCAGGGAGGGUGUUGUGCCGCCGUUCCAGCCCUGCACCUGCGCAGGGCCAUCCCCGCACUCCCCCUCUACAGGAGACCGGCACAGCUCUUGCGCAGACCUUUGCUUUCGUUUGCUCCCAGGCCAGCUGGAAGCUGGGCUAGGGUUUGCCAACUGCUCCGGGAGUUGUUGUCUUUCCAGGCUCACAGCGUCAGGAAUGGGAUCUGUAGUCUCCUGGAGGAGCUCAGGAAGGCACAAAUGCAGGACUCCAAACUUUAUGCUUCCGUCAGUCUGGUUUAAAUGACCCCAGCAACGAUGCUUCUAUUUCUUCUGAUAACUAUUCCACUGCCCAUUAGAUGUCAUUAGAGUCAAUGCAAACAACUUUUGAUACUGUUCUCAUAUUUUCUUCAGUGGUCAUUUCAGGGGUAAAAGCAAGGCUACUAUCAAAUACCAGGAUACUCCUUAGACCCAGAGAAACACUUUCCCCAAAACAAAUGGGUGAAUGGCUUUGAAUUCUGACCACAGAGAAGAUUUCAGUCAUUUCCCUAUUUCCCUAUGGAUUGACUCUGAAUGCAGUGUUAAUUCAUUGUUCAGUACACCCCUCUGCAUCGUAUCAAGCUUUGUCAUAGGAAUAUCUCUUUCACUCUUGGUAUAUGAACAGGAUUGAAAUCUGCAGCACUGACAUUUCUGUGCAUUGCUCUUCAGGCUUGGGUGGCUUGUGGUGUUCCCUAACAUGGCUGGGCUGUGCCAUGGGGCAGCAGACACAAUCUCUGCUCUCACUGUGACUGGUGAUAAAUUCACUUCGUGAUGUUGAGAAACACAGAGUAGAUUUACCCAUGUAACACGCACAGCUGUGCAUAUACCCAUCUCUAUAUAUUCCUCAGGGUGGUGUUCAGUGAGAUUUGUGAAGAAUAUGAACUUUUUUCUCCAUUGAAUAUCAAAGGAACCUAGCCCAUUAGCAUGGACUAUAUACCCCAUUUUUUGACAGCUAAGCUCAGGUGAGAUGACUCUCAUCUUAAAUGGAAAGCAUUUGCAAGAUGAUGCACUGGCUGUGGUGUUACCAAUCCGCCAGUUCUUCUGAUUUGCAGGUCAUGCACAGCAUGCACAAUGAUGGGAUUUGACCUGCAGACGCAGUCCAUUCUUAUUCCCUUUUUACAUUUGAUGUCAUCUGUCUGGACUGGUCUAUCUCUCCCAGACUCUACUCAGGGUUUUCUUAAAAGAGAAGCGAGUGGAGCCCAGCACUGGGAGCCAAUAACUCCUGAUUUCUGGUUGCAUCUCCAACCGUGGUACCUUCUGUGCUCGCUACUAUUAUUAGGUCUUUGGGAGAGAGCCUGCAACAUGCUAGGCUCUUCCCAGCUGCACGAGAGUUACCAAACUGUUCAGUGUCUCGGUGUCUGCAAUUGCCAAGGGGCACCAGCAGCACUUCAAGGAAUGUGCAGAUUAUUUAGUACUGUAGAUCACUUUGCUGACAGAAAGCACAGUGAUAAGAGCCAGUAUAAUUAACAACAGACCUAGUAAGUACUAAAUCAGUAUCAAAAGCUGUCCUACCAUUAAACCCAUCCUCUUGAUUCCUGAGAUAAAACCUACUUUUAAUGUAGCCUGAUUUUUUUAAAUAAGCUUUUAUAUGAAUUGCGUUCUUUUCAUCUCAGUUUUCAUGAAUCAGACCUGUACACUGUGCUAGGAGAGAAUCCUAGUUCUUAGGUUUGUUCACGUUUAGCUAGACAACAAUGUUGAUUGCUGUUCAGUAGUUUCCAGUUCCAAUGCACUGUUUCAAACACAACCUAAACCAUGACGAAACGUUUCCCUGUAUGAAUAAAAGGGGGCCCAUUGCGGUAUAGGGUCCCCUCCUCGACUGACCAAAGGAUCUUGAAAAGCUGCAAAGAUUAAAGCUUUUAAUAGCUCUAGCUGAGACACUGCAGUAGUUUACAUGCCGUUAUCUGGGACAAUUUAUAGAAUAAACUGCUACACAGAGAAUCACCUCCUUGAGGUAGCGCCAGGUUAAUGGGAUCCAAAGAAUUCUGCAGGGGGGGGAAUUCAUGGAUUUGGAAGAAAGACCGAGAAGCUUACAUUAUCUAAAAACAAAGCUUUUCUAAGCAAUGUAUCUAUGUAAAUUAGGGAUGAGGGAGAGGACUUUUGCAAACCAGGCAAGGCAAGAAAAUAUUUGUUGCUUUCUGAGCAGUCUGACAAUGGGACAAGGACAGCUGGAAGUAGCUGAUUUUAUUUGGAAUGUGUCCCUGCACUCAAGUGAAAUUCGGCAUCUGCAAGAGGGAGGUUUAAGGCAGAACAAUAGCCGGGUUUUUUUUUGACCUGUCGCAGACAGGACUCUCUUGCUGAGAGAGAAGAAAAAAGGCUGUCACCAGUAUUCCUGAAUUCCCUCAGAUCCUCCCCCUGUGCAGCUCAUACACUUAAUUUUUAUUCUGUGGGCACCCAGCCUCACUUGCAAGCUUUGUACCAAGCAGGUGCCAGAUUAUAGCCAUUGUGGGAUCUGACAGGGAGCACAGUGGGAUCAGGCUGAUUAUAGUCAUAGGAAUUUGCAAGCUGUUAAAAACACUGGAGAA